UAUUAUAUACAUCAGAUAAUAAAAUAAAAUAAAUAUAAAUGUCAAAUUAAAAAAAUAACAAUUAAUAUCUAUACACUAUAAUCAAAUAUUUUUCUUAUUUUAGAAUAAAUAUAUCUUAAAAUAAGAAAUAUAAAUAAUUUUUUUAUAAAUUAAUAUCUCUAUAAAUUAAUAAAAUUUUAAAAUUUCAACAUUAUUAAUUUGUAGUGGUUCUACUGUAUAUGUAUAUGAACAUGAACUAUCCAUAAUGGAGGACACAUAGGUGACUUCAUAUUACAUAAACUGAACGUAUGUUUCUUUUUGUUAAAUCACUUAUGCGUAUUUCACACGUUAAACGAAGAAUUCAAACGAACCGGUUAUAUUUUUAUUCUUUUUCAUUUUUUUCUGGUGAGAUCAUCAAUAUUAUUAUAUUGUAUUCAUGAUAUUGUCAAUUGUCAUUGUUUCAUAUACCAUGUCGACAUACAAAUAAAGUAUAUAGAGUAUAUAUAUAGAUGAUGGAAUAUUCACAUCACCAAGUAAUAUUGAAAUUCGUAUAUAUAUAUAUUGAAACUAUAUAUAUGACUGUUGAAGAUUCGUAUAUAUAUUUCGUGGGAGGUAUUAACACAAAUCAACAGUGUUAUUAUGAUUGGUUAUAUAUAUAAUCGUGAUAAUAAAAUAUAUAAUAAGUUUGGUAUAUAAUAGAAGGGUAUAAUUAUCGUUAAGCAAAAUUUUGUAUAUUUAUUCUAGUGUCACUGACGACGAUAAGGCUAAUUUAACUUAACAUGAAAAGUAUUUGUUUUAUGUACAUUGAUAAUAUGCACUAUGUCAUCACUAUAAACUAUACAGCCAUAAAAAAUAGUACUGUGCGUUCAAUGCUUUCUUUUUUUGCUAAGUAUUGAAUGCUUUCUUUGUCUUAUCAUACAUUCAUAUUCAAUAAACUGCUUCAUUCACAUUCUAAAUAUCAUACACUAUAACUGAUUAAAACAAUCCAGAGAGUUUGUUAAUUGGAAAUAAGAAUAUAGGCGAAAGCAUAUCAGAUUCUUUUUUUCUGAUUUAAUUUUAAUCACCUUUUUGCCUAAGAAACCUAAUAAGGUUCCCCGUUAAUGAUGGUCUAAAACAUCAUAGUAAGUUGUAUUAAGCCUGUUUGAGAUAAAAAAAAAAAUAAAAGAAAAGAAAUCAUGCACCAGCCACCAAGUUACUAUCCCACUUUUUUAUCAAAAAAAAAAGUUACUAUCCCAGCUCGACGAGCUGGCAGUACUUAUCUAUGUUCUGAUUGUUGCCUUCCAAUAUUAUUUUUAAUUUUUAAUUUUUAAUUUUUUUUUCUGAGAACGCUUUGUAAGGUUUCACUUCGGAGAGUUAUGAUAACUUCUCUGUAAGCUAUGUAGCUAUUGGUAUUUUGGGUUAAUAUUAUUUUAAAUUUUACAUCAACACAAAUAUUAAAACUCAAUUAGAAUUGUAGGUUAUACAGAUUAUGUUAGUUAAUUUUCUUGUUUAAUAAGUAAGUUUAUCAUAUAAAUGCUAAAGUGAUUUAACAUAAUAUUUCAAUUUAGAUAUUGGCAAAUAUUGAAUGGAGACGCAGCAAAUAGUGUGUGUAAUCCACAGACCAUCAAGUUGGUCAAGAGGGGGAUGAAAAUUUCUUCCUAGUUGCAAGAAGCUAGCUAAUUGGAGUACUAUUUAGCUUCACCCAGCUGCUCGUUACGUCAACCUAAGGUAACCUGGACUUACGUUUGGCUACGAAUUGACUUUUUCAAAAUUCUACUCAACAAAAAUUUUAAAAGUUAAAUGACUAAACGGGUUUACAUGGGAAAACGAAAAAAAUAAAAAUAAAAAUAUACUACAAACAAUCUACUUGUAUAUAAACCGACGUUGCUCAAAAGACAUUUCUCGUCAUAUACUUGUCAACGAUAAAAGAGGAAACAAAAUCUCGAAAAGAGAGAGAGAGAUAUAUGGGUCAAGUGCUUCUAUGGACGAAGGAGACCUGAAAGCAGUAGUCAUAGGCUACUCUAGCUCCUCUGAUGUAUUUUCCGGCAAAAGCUCCGAUGAAUUUUCACCUUCGUUUUGUCUUCCGAUUGAGACAGCUAGUUUAUACGAACAGGAGGCGGAGAAAAUCGGUUUAGACGAACUCGGUGUACUAUACAAGCCCUUUUACCCUAGCUCCACACAAACCCUCACGAACUCCGUCUCUGUUCCGGAAGAUUCAAGAUGUUUCCGAGAUGAUAAGAAACAACGCACACAUGGUUGUCUUCUAGCGAGCGGAUCAAGGGUUAACCGCAUCCGAAUCCCUGAAUCAUGGAAGAGCAAGAAGAACCAACAGAAGAGAGUUGUUGAGCAAGUGAAUGAAGAGAAUCUGCUGUCGGACGCAUGGGCAUGGCGUAAAUACGGGCAGAAACCCAUCAAAGGAUCUCCAUACCCAAGGAGUUAUUACAGGUGCAGCAGCUCAAAGGGAUGUUUAGCAAGAAAACAAGUCGAAAGAAAUCCUCAGAAACCGGAAAAGUUCACCAUAACAUACACGAAUGAGCACGAUCACGAGAUACCAACCCGAAGAAACUCAUUAGCUGGUACAACCAGAGCAAAAUCUUCCAAACCUAAACCGUGCAUAACCAAAAAAUCAGGCAAGCAAGUGGUUUCUUCUCCUACAAGUAACCCCGUGAUCACAUCCGGUGAUGAAUCGUCUGUUGUGGUUCAAGCCACGGAGGUUGCAGAAAUGAGUACCUACCUAACAACCGGAGAAAUCGAGGGCACGAGUAAGAGUUUACCAACGGAUUUGUCGUCGGAUACGGGACAUAUUCCGAGUGGUUUCGAUGAAAUAUUGAAUAGCCCAGAGUUCAUCAAUGGGUACUUAUGGGAUUACUAGAGAACGUUAUAUAUUCAAACUUAUAUUGUAGUUGCAUUGCAGCCGUUCAGAAAAUGCAUUUAAUGUCAAGUCUCUAGGAUACUAAAGUUUCGUAGUUUUCAUCUUGUUUCCACCUUAACCUGUAAAUUUAAUCAAAUAAAAUCCUAUACGUUUUUUCUUUCC